AUGACUCGACUAUUAGCUUCGACGUCGAGGGUCGUGGGUUCGUGGGUGGCUUGCUCGACUGUGACCGUUACGAAAUGCCAGGCCGCCCUCAGGACUCUGCAAGCGUUUCCUUUCUUCAAGCCGACAUGCCUCUGUCGAGAGCCAAACGUGGACCCCGAAUGCAACUCCUUCCGCGACUUUCUCUUCGACCAUCCCUGCGUGUUCGUCAUGAAGAAAGAGAAAGACCCGUACCCCGUCGAAACUCUGCCGACCUGCACCUAUGCCCUCAGCGUCUGCCACAGCGAGAAACCAUGCUCCGUGCUGUUCGAGAGGUUCAAGAACGCCUGCAAGGCCCGCGAUGGAGAAUGCCGCAUGGAAGAUAGGGAGGCUUGCCGCGAGGCCUGGUCGGGGCUCCGUCUGUCACCGCUGUUCGGAUGCAUCUGCCCCAACACUCACAUGAAGAAGCGCUGUGACCGCAUCUUCGCCGUGGUCAACCACAACCCGUGCGUCGCGGCGGCGUGGGGUGAGUGUCCGCCGGCGGUGCGUGCGCUGUUCGAAGCGCCCCAGCGUGUGCCCGCGCGUGCCCCUCCCCUGAUGCGCUACGCCGCACCCGACGGUACCAUCCUGCUCCUCACCGAGAACGGCACCAGGUUGAUGACGAGGGCCGCCGCCGCGAGCCUACUCCGCGCCGCCCUCCUCUCCCCGCGCCCCCCACGACCCCGCCACGUAAAGCUGAUGUCCGACGGAUGGCACGCUAAUCGGAACGCGACCGGUGUGACGUCAUGGAUCGGCGGUAUGUCUAUAACGCAAGACGGCAACCUUAUCACCCCGGAUAAAAUUAUGACGCACGUACACCGGUACGCAAGUCCACACUACCAUCCUCACGGACACCAUGACCACCGCUGGAAUCAUGAACCGGGGGGGAGCGAAGAUCCCCUCUAUGCCACCAAGACCGUCUACGGUGCCGGAUACAUUGAUGAAAACCAGAGGAUUGGGAAAGAGAACGGUAAAGCAGGUGAUGAGAAGGUGGCCCUGCAGUCGACGUGCCACGUCGCUUUGGACACGUGCAUCAAGGACAGCGAGUGCGUGGCGUCACUGACACCAGUCCUGCAGAAGUGCCACUCCACCGACUGCGACCGGGAGGGUUGUAUGGCCGCCCUGCGAGGCUUUUACCGGAAGACAAGUGUGAGCUGGAAUACCGAGAUAGCUUUCUGCCUCUGCAAAAAAACUGACAACCGAGAAGAUUCAUGCAUGAAUGCUCAAGAACGUUUACAUCCCUCAUGCGCUCAGCGCCCCCCCGUCGGUUCCCCGCUACCUGCCUGCCAUACCCUGGCUCACGACUGUAGAGAAGAACCAGAGUGCAGGAUUCGCCUCGAGAACUACGAGCAAUGGUGCGCCGUGGACGCUGUGACCCAGGGCUGUGCUGGAUCGCCCGCGGCCUGUAGGGCGGCCGUGGUCGCCGUGCUGGGGACCCAGCUGCGUGCCGCCUGCGCCUGUCGUGGAACCGACUUCGCCCAGCUCUACGACUGCCUCGGAUGGCAGAGGCUCCUCUGGCUCAACCCUUGCGUCGUUGAAUCUCAGCACGAUUAUCACAUGAAGACUUACGGAUCCCUCUUAACAACCACUCCAUUCGACAACGGGAUCCGUUACAUCACAGUCCCACCGGAGCCAGCGAUCCACCACCGGACCACCACCCAUCACCACCGGCACACCACUCAGCACGGGACCUCCCAAGAACAUUCCCAAGAAAACCGUGAGGUUCUCAGCCCCAUCACGACCAUGUCUGAGCAAACCAUUGGACCUAAUGAAGUGGGUCAAAUAUCUGAACCCGUAGUAGAGACUACAACCGAGACAACUACAGUGGCGACUACUACUAGAACCACAACGACGACGACCACAACUACGACAACGACCACGACUACACCGAAACCGACGACGACAUUGGAGCCAACGAAAUACUGCAUCGUGAAAAAACCGGAAAGCGAUGAUCAGGCGCAGUAUAUAAAGAUGGGAGAGACCAGAAGGCUGUACCGAUCGGCGGAACUCGCGGAGUGUACGGAUUUGUGCGUCUGCGAGUCGUCCCUGCAAGUCUCCUGCAAGGUGGCGUGCGUUCCUCGCGCUCCGUGCUCCUCUCGUCUCGCUCACUACUCCCACGCGGCGCCAGCUUACCAGGCCUAUAGAGGCAGAUGCUACUGCUACUCCGGAUCGUUUAUCUGCAUGAGACCCAACCCCGGAGAGUAUAAGCUCCCUGAAGGUGUCUACCUUCUCCUGGGCUUUAGCGCAGUCGAUGAGGCACUCCUGCGUCCACACACGGGCCUUGGUGCAGAGGACGCUGUCAGGCUUCUGCAACAAUAUCUGCACGUAGUUCAUCCUGAUGACACGAAUUGCACGCUAACCCUAUUCAACAUCAGCAACGAAAACGUAAUCAUCUCCGCCAGCAUUCCACCGCGUCAGCAAGAGGCACUCAAGGAGUCCGGCGAGGAUUUGCUGGAUAGAGAAAAGGAAGCCUGUAUCGACGUGUUGAAAAUCGUCAAAUCUCGAAUCAACUCGCAGCACGAGGACAUUUCCUCCCAUCUCCUCCUGUCCAUAUUCAAGAUCGCCGAAGUCGACGUGGUAUACCCAACGCCCCCUAGUUCCUCAGGUAUC